AUGCCAGAAGGAAUCGAACUACGAAACAGAGAAGGCCCAUCGCCAGACCUCAAAGAAGCCCUCGACGAAAUCGCAAAUCCAUCAGUUCCUUCGGUCUCAGCAACCGUCCCCCUUACUGUCCCCAAACUCAAUGCCCUCGAUUACUUCGUCCUCUUUCUCUACCCCUCAACCCUCCUCCUCGGCUACCUCAUGCCAAAAACGAAAUCCUACUUUGCCUCAAAGCAUAACCUCGUCAAUUUGUUGUUUGUGAAGAACGGGUGGGCGUGGACGAGUAUUGCGUUUUGGUAUCAUUUUUCGAGAUUACGGAGGAGCGAUAGGCUUAAGGCUGCGUUGAGGUGGGCGUUGGCGACGUUUUGGUGGGUGUUGAUCACGCAGUGGUGUUUUGGGCCGCCGAUUAUGGACCGCGCAUUCACGGCUACGGGUGGGCUUUGCCAAAUUGCCCAACAGGAAGUCGCCCAACCCGGGCUAACCUCCAUGCCUCAAAACGCCGCGAUCGUUACCUCCGCAGCCUGCCGCGCCGUCCGCGGAAAAUGGUCCGGAGGCUACGACCUCUCCGGCCACGUCUUCAUCCUCGUCCACUCCUCCCUCUUCCUCUGGUACGAGCUCUACCCCAUCCUCGCAGAUGGCGGCGAAGCAGCGACUCAUGCGGCGACGAAGACGGUGUUGAGUGUACUUGUGUUGUGGUGGUGGAUGUUGUUGAUUACUGCGGCGUUUUUUCAUACGUGGAAUGAGAAGAUUACGGGGUUGUUGGCGGGGUUCGUGGAGUGGGCGAUUGUUUAUUUCUUUGCGGUUAGACAUCCCAGGACGAGGGAUGUUGUUGGUGUGCCCCAUUUGUGA